AUGGAGUCAGCAGACACCGCCCGACGGCGUGCCGCCCUCGACCUGGCCAUCAUCGGGGUCCUGGCCGACGGCGGGCUGAGACGCUCCGAGGCCGCCGCCCUGACCUGGGGCGACGUGGAACUGUGGGCCGACGGCACCGGCCGUCUCACCAUCCAGAAGGGCAAGAACCAGGUAGAACCGGCCACGGUGGCGGUCACCGCGGCAACCGCCCGCGCCCUGCGGGAUAUCCGGCCCGAUGAUGUUGACCUCGCCGCCCCUUGUUCGGACUGA